AUGGCUGGCGCACUCUUCACUGUGUUUAGGACCUUCAUCCGCAAGAACACUGUUCUCCUGACCACUGCUUUUGCCGGCGCCUUCGCUUUUGAGCUUGCGUUCGACAUGACCUCCAACAAGGUCUGGGAUAGCUGGAACCAGGGCCGCCAAUGGAAGGACAUUAAGCACCGUUACAUGGUCAAGGAGGAGGAGGAUGACGAGUAAAUGCACUUGCCGAAAGUGAUGUUGUGUUUAUUUUACUACGGGUAAAGGGGCAUGGAAAAGCCACCGAAGCUCGUGCUUGUUCUUUCUCAUCCCAUAUGUGGGCUUGUACGCGAUAGAUGGAAAUCUGUAUUUUGGCUUUCAAUCUCCCUGGUCUGUACGG